UCCCUUAUUUUAAAAAUAAAAGAUGUUUUGUUUUAAUAAAUUGGGUGUAUUUAUAUAUUCUUUUUAAAAAGUCCUCGAAAUUAACGAGUCAAGUGUACCUGGCAAGUACUCUCCCCUCCCGUACCUACUUUACUCUAACCCAAAAUCCCAAAACUACCCUCGCCUCUAUAUAAAACCCGAAACCUUUCCCUCAAUUGCAACAAAAUCUUCUCAUUCAUUCCUUCAUUCUCAAUAAUAAGUCUCAUCACUCUACAAAACUUUCUCUCUCUCUAUCUCUCUCAAACCACAACACAAAGAUGAAGUAUCUGAUCCGCCGCCUCUCCCGCGUUGCCGACUCCGCUAACUACAACCUCCUCCGGUCAGAUUCCCAGCGACCAAGCCGCCGUACCGAGUCUUUCCUCCGGUCUUCGAUGGCUCGCCGCUCAAAGAAGCAAACGUCUUGCGUUCCGCAAGGACACGUUCCUGUCUACGUGGGAGACGAGAUGGAGAGGUUCGUCGUGAGCGCGGAGCUACUUAACCACCCGGUUUUCAUCGGUCUGUUGAACCGGUCUGCUCAGGAGUAUGGUUACGAGCAGAAAGGAGUUCUGCAGAUCCCUUGCCACGUUCUUGUCUUCGAGCGCGUCAUGGAGUCUCUUCGUCUUGGAUUAACCGUUCCGAGUGACCUUCAAGAUCUAAUCGGCGACGAGACGGUUUUUUAGACGAAUCUUUGGUAGUUAGCGAGUAACUCAUCUGCUUGUCUUUUUGUUCGGACACGAAGUAUUACAAAGUAAUAAUUCGUGUGUGUUGAUAAUGUACAGAGAUCGAUAUGUAUUUCUUUUUUCUUUUUGAAGAUUUGUUUGUUGCAAUUUUCCUAAUUUUUUCGCCGGUUUAAUAACCGGUUUGACAUUCUUGUGAAGAUAUAUAUGGAAAUUGGUUCGGUUACUCUUA